CAAUUUGCCCGGGUGUACCCGUCACUGCAUGAUGAAAAAUGUCAACCAUUCCGAACACGAUGACCCAGAACAGUCAGUUAACCCACCAACUUCAUCUGAUACCGAUGACUCAAAAGAAAAAUCAAACACAAGAGGAACAGUGUCAUCCGCUGAAAUCUUCGACCCUUUAAAAGAUUGCGAGAAAUUAAAUAAAGCAAUCGCUGGCUUUGGGACGGACGAAGCGGCCAUAAUUGACGUGUUAGCUAGGAGGUCCAAUGCCGAGCGACAAGAUAUUAAGGCUAAAUAUGAGGAAAAGUAUGAAAAGGAUCUGGAACGUGAACUAACCAGCGAAUUACGUGUUGACUUUGAGGCUCUGGUUGUGGCUCUGCUUACUCCAAUGGUUGAAUAUGACGCAACAUGUUUGAAUGGUGCUAUCAAAGGCAUGGGCACCGAUGAAGCAGUUGGCAAGUUGGAGAUCUUGUUAACGUCUCUCUGACUGUUUGUAGGGAAUUGCAAUAAUCUUGGUUAAAUAUAAGAUAACUAUAGUUUCCGUUUCUUUAUGAACUUGUUUGUCGUAGUUUUUAGUUGUUUUAAAGAGUUCAUAUCAAAUAUAACGUCUUUUGUUUCUUUCUUUAGGAAAUGGAAGCAAUAAAACUAAAAUACGAAGACAGUAAAUACUUCACAUUGUUUUCGAACUAUCCUAUUAACGGGUUAUCUUACAUGUACUAGAUAUCUUUAACGUACGCUUGAUUUAGAAUGAAGGAAAUUGAAAUACAUUAAAUACAUCAAAAUUAUACGUUCAUGUCCCGUGUAUGGUCGGUGCCUAGAAGCAGAUGUGUGUGAAGAUGUCUCUGGUGGACUGGAGAGGAUGUUAGUUCAGCUGUUGGCGUGUGAGAGGGACCAGCGUGAUACAGUCGAUAUGGAGGUGGUAAAGCAAGAUGUUCAUAGGUUGUACAAGGAAGGCCAAAUUUCAAUCGACCCAAACGAUGACCUCUUUAAUAAAAUCCUUGUGAAAAAAGGCAGAGUUCAUGUUAGAGCCACAUUCGAGGAAUACAAAAAGGUGACUGGGGCUGAUAUAUACCACGCAAUAAAAGGGGCGCUUACUGGCGAUGCGGAGACAGUCUGUUUAAAGUUAGCUAAGGCCAUUGAGGAUCCAAUUCAGUAUUACACGGACGCCCUGCACCACUGUUUUAAAGGUCUAGGAACAAAUGAUGGGGAACUCAUCAGAAUUGUCGUCUCCAGAUCCGAGAUUGACCUUGGUGACAUGUCAACCCGGUACCAAGAAACAUACGGGUCGUCAGUUGCCCAGAGUGUGGAGGACGAGUUUAGCGGCGAUUACAAACGCAUCCUUCUAGCGAUUAUACGGAGCUGGUGUGGUCAAUAAUAGGUUUAGCGGAACUGAUUUUUGGGGAGACAAAUUAAAUAAACAAAAGGUUUUGAAUGAUAUUAACAUGUUUUGAAUUAUUCUUCAUGAUUUUUUGAUUUGGUGGUUAUUUGUUUUAUCGAUACAAUGCAAAUCAAACUUUUUAAUAACUUGUCUUGCUUUAAUUAAAACGAUUCUAACAUAACCGAAACGUUUCUAACAUUUACAAACGAACGAUUGCACAGCUCUUUAGUUAUGUACAGUAAACGUACAUCGGACACAGCAAACCUCGAAUUGUCCUUUCGAAAGCUGUCUGUGUUGUUGUCAGCAAUUGCAAUAUUGCAGUUAUUUAUAAGUAUAUUUCUUGAUGUAUGUUACAAGUUCUCUUUUUUUGCGGAUAGCAAAACAUAUCGUGAUAUUUAACAUAUUUUUAAAUGUUAUCUAACUCUAAUAAUAUAAAACCAUUACCAUUAUAAUAUAUUGUAAAUCUUAUAACAGAGUUAACAUAGUGUUAUCUAUAAUUUGUGCAACAUAUUAUUUAAGGAUUGUAUUUUUGUCUUCGUUAUAUUUAUUCAUUUAUUAUUUAUUCAGUAAUUGAUUUUUUGUAACAUCUGUGUAAUUAUUGUGCUGUUAUGGUAUUAUAUAUUAUA